AUGUUUUUUGCGUUCACUGGUGUAGCUCAUGCUGUAGAUGACAGUGUGGAGGGAGGUGUUGUGGAAAAAGAAGAGGCUGUAAAACAGACACUAAACAGUUUGGGGAUAAAGGGAGUGAGCGCUGUUGAUCCGAGUUUAUCUCAGUGUGUAAAACUGGGAGACAGCGAGCCUCUGGCCUUGCACUCGGAGGGUGAUGUUGUGAUCGGAGGGGUUUUCCCUCUGCAUUAUGUCGCCUCUAAUCCACAGCACAGCUACCGCGUCAAACCCCAGAUUACACCUUGCAGUGGCUUUGACCACAGAGCCUUCCGCUGGAUGAUGACUAUGGUGUUUGCAGUCGAGGAAAUUAACCGCAAUUCGAGCUUGUUGCCAGGUGUUAAAUUAGGCUACCGGAUCAUGGACAGCUGUGAUCAUGUCCACACCAGCCUGCGAGCUCUUUUUUCUUUAGUCAGUCACUCCAAUGCUGCGACGAGCGGUGAAGUGAACACAGCAGUGCCUCACCAUCUUGAAAUUGCACUGGAGGAGAUAAGGACGACACAAUCUGAAAGUUCCUCCUGUCUGUCUGAUUCUCCUGUGCCUGCUGUGAUUGGCCUCGCAUCCUCUUCCCCUACGAGAGCUGUGGCACACACUCUGGGCCCUUUCAGCAUCCCACUGGUGAGUUAUUUCGCCACUUGCACCUGUCUUACGGACAAACAUAUGUACCCAUCAUUCCUGAGGACUGUUCCGAGUGACUUCUUUCAAGUCAGAGGUCUGGUGCAGCUGGUUACAUUCUUAGGCUGGCUCUGGGUGGGCACUAUGGGGACCACGGAUGACUACAGUCACUAUGGCAUCCAAGCAUUCUCUAAUCAGUUUAGACAACAAGGUGGAUGUGUGGCGUUUCAUCUCACUAUCCCCAAAUCACCCACAGCGGCUGAGAUACAAGAAAUGGCAGACGAGCUGCAGAGUUCAGCUGCACAGGUCGUGGUGGUCUUUGCUACAGAGGGACAACUGCUGGAUCUGCUGUUAGAACUGGCUCAGAGAAACGUGACAGGGAUACAGUGGGUAGCUAGUGAAGCCUGGGUGACUGCAAGACUGCUCACCUCACCCCACUUCCACCCUCUCCUGGAGGGAACACUUGGCUUCUCUUUCCCUGGAGUCAAGAUUCCUGGCUUGAAAGAGUUUCUUUUGAAUGUCCGCCCAUCUCCCAAACCAGGGAUGGAAUUUGUCAACAUGUUCUGGGAGGAGCAGUUUGGUUGUAAGCUAGAGUUUGGAGGAAAUAGAUCCAAAGAAAGUGACGCAGAUAUGCAUAACUUCAAUGAUUUGAAUGCUUUUGAUCUUAAAUCAGACCCUCAAAAUAAUUCUGUGUCCUUUGUCCGGCCUCCUGUUGGGCUAAAAAGCUUAUUUAACUUGUCGCCUCGUGAAUAUGAAGGUGCUGCUGAAAAUCCUGCAUGCACAGGCUCAGAGGAUCUGAGGUACACAGACAGCAGCUACACUGAUGUAUCUCAGGUCAGGAUAUCUUAUAAUGUGUAUAAAGCCGCAUAUGCCAUCGCCCACGCUCUGCAAACUUUAUUGAACUGUGAUUCUGCAGGGCCGAACAAGAAAUGUACGAAGCACAAAUCGUUUACUUCUGGGCAGCUCCUGCAUCACCUGAAGACAGUGAAUUUCACAAACCAGUUUGAUGAGAAAGUAUAUUUCGACUCCAGCGGAGAGCCAGUCCCUCUCUAUGACAUAAUUAACUGGCAGAAGAACAGCAAGGAUGAAAUUAGAUUUACUAAAGUGGGGAGCUAUGAUGGUUCAGCUCCACGAGGGCAACAACUGAAGAUAGAGCAGAGCACCAUUGUUUGGACAAAAGGGCAGUCACAGGUGCCUGUAUCUCAGUGUAGUGCUCCAUGUCCCCCCGGCAGCAGACAGGCCAGACGUCCCAGAGAGCCCCACUGCUGCUUUGACUGUUUGCCCUGUGCAGACGGAGAGAUCAGCAACCAGACUGGUUCCACCGAGUGCACCAAAUGUCCAGAGUACUACUGGUCAGACAAAGAGAAGGUAAAAUGUGUCGCAGGUGUCGAAGAAUUCCUGUCUUUCCGCGAGACCAUGGGUAUCAUCCUGGUUGCGCUCACCCUUCUGGGUGUCGUCCUGACAACCAUCAUCACUAUCGUCUUUUACCGUUUCCGCUCCACACCCAUCGUCAAGGCCAACAACUCAGAAAUAAGCUUCCUGCUUCUCCUCUCGCUCAAGUUCUGCUUCCUGUGCUCCCUGAUGUUCAUUGGCCGGCCGUCGGUGUGGACGUGCAGGCUCCGCAAUGCGGCGUUCGGGAUCAGUUUUGUUCUCUGUCUGUCCUGCCUCCUUGUUAAGACCAUUGUGGUUCUCUUGGCUUUCCGGGCAAAUUUAUCAAGUUCCAGAAGUCUGAAGCUGUUUGGUCCAUCUCAACAGAGGGCUCUGAUUCUCUUCACUACAGCUCCUCAGAUUUGUCUCUGUGCUGGCUGGCUGCUGGCUGCACCUCCCGUCCCAUUCAGGAACCCAACCUACCAAGCCUCAACUGGAAAAAUUGUUGUGGAGUGCAAGGAGCUGUGGCCUCCAGGAUUUUACCUGGUCCUCGGUUACAUUGGCCUGCUGGCCUUCGUCUGCCUCCUUCUGGCGUUCCUCGGACGGAAGCUGCCCGAUACGUUCAACGAGGCGAGGCUCAUCACCUUCAGCAUGUUGAUUUUCUGGGCCGUGUGGAUCUCUUUCAUCCCUGCUUACGUCAGCUCUCCUGGGAAGUUCUCUGUGGCCGUAGAGAUAUUUGCAAUAUUGGCCUCCAGCUUUGGACUGUUACUGUGUAUUUUUGUGCCUAAAUGUUACAUAAUUUUAAUGCGACCUGAGAGAAAUAUUAAGAAAGGCAUCACUGGAAAAUACCCCAGAUGA